GCACAAGUCGAACGCGUUUUUUGGAAGUUCUUUCUAAAAUUGCUUCAAAAGUGUUAAUUAACAAGUCUAACGAAAUUAAUCGGAUUCCACGGUCACCAAGCCCUCAUCCCCCUUAAACCACAAUGAUUAUCCCGGUGCGUUGUUUUACAUGCGGGAAAGUGAUCGGCAACAAAUGGGAAGCCUACCUGGGUCUGCUCCAGGCGGAAUACACGGAAGGUGACGCCCUGGAUGCCCUCGGACUGAAGCGGUACUGCUGUCGCCGGAUGCUGCUCGGACACGUCGAUUUGAUUGAGAAAUUGCUCAAUUACGCCCCGCUGGAGAAGUAAAUUCGUGUCUGGCUGUUAGGUUAAGGCUGUAAAUGGUUUCCCCCCUUUUGUGAAGUAAUAAAAUAAGUUUUCCUGUAAUCGUAAA